UUUAUUCUCGACAACCAGCAACUAGAAUACCUCUGCAGUGCUGCUCUUCUUCGGCUCCUCAACCUUCUAACCCUCAAUCAACAUGUUCAGAAACAAUUACGACAACGAUUCUGUGACAUUUUCACCUCAAGGCCGAAUAUUCCAGGUCGAAUAUGCUCAAGAGGCGGUCAAGCAAGGCUCAGUAGUUGUCGGGGUGGUCAGCAAGAAGCAUGUUGUCCUCACGGCCCUCAAGAGAAAUGCAGAAGAACUAUCCUCAUACCAGAAAAAGAUUGUUGGUGUAGACGACCAUCUGGGAGUUGCACUUGCAGGUCUUGCCUCCGAUGCCCGGGUCCUCUCGAACUUCAUGAAGCAGCAAUCCCUCUCGUCCAAGAUGACCUAUGGCCGCCCCAUACCAGUCGAGCGCAUUGUCAAUAUGAUCGGUGACCGAGCCCAGACAAACACACAACAUUAUGGCAAGCGGCCUUACGGCGUCGGACUAUUGGUGGCAGGUGUCGAUGAGCUGGGACCACACUUGUUCGAAUUCUCUCCCUCGGGCUUGACACAAGAGAUGCUAGCCUGUGCAAUUGGCGCUCGAAGUCAAAUGGCCCGGACAUACCUGGAGAGACAUCUGGAAACAUUCGCGGACUGCAGCCGAGAAGAGUUGAUCAAACAUGCUCUACUGGCUCUCAAGGAGAGUCUCUCUCAAGACAAGGAGUUGACGGUAGACAAUACGAGUCUGGCUGUGACAGGUGUGAGCGAGAAGGAUGGCCGAAAGAAGCUCGAAAAGUUCAAGUUGUACGAUGGACAAGACAUCGCACCGUUACUGGAAGCCAACGUGGAGUCAGCAGAGACAGAAGGUGCCUCAGGCGAUGCCAUGGAGACUGACUCGUAGCGACAAAAUGAUGCAUUGGCAUUCGGCACGGCGUUUGGAGUGAGAAGGCUGUCACAAAUAUCACUCUGACAUGUAUCAAGGAGGGGCAAAGAGUCGAUGAUGAUUCUCAUUUUCCAUGUUUUUGGGUCUAUCAUUGCUUGUCUGUCUAUUCCAUGGUCCAGUCCAGCUUGUAUCGUCCUGGAGCCAGCUGAUAUCCACGCAAUGCCUGAACAACCUCGUCCGUACUCUUGACCUCGACCAGAAUAUUCGCGGCACCUUCACUGACGAAACCUUCUCUAAUACUGUUCCUGACCCAAUCCAACAGUCCAUUCCAGUAGCCAUUGACAUUGAC